AUGGAGUCCAUGAACCCCAAGACAAAUCAAGAACCACCAUCGCUGCCCAAAUCCCUCCACACCGCAUUGACUGAUCUUCAUCGUCGCCCAUAUCCACAUGUUCCCAACCCUCCAUCGUGCAAGAAACGUGCUUCAGUAGCUCUGGUCCUCCGAGUACGACCAGCUUAUGACCAUUGGCCUGAUUCGCCUUCCCUGCCCGCUGAGCAAGAUCAAGCCGUUUCCACUGAACAACAAUUGGAGACAUUCUUCUCUCAGUCCUGGGUUCAGCAUGGAUCACCAGAGGUCCUGUUUAUCAAACGGGCAUCACGUGUGGGAGACCGCUGGACAGGACAUGUUGCGUUCCCUGGAGGGAAGCGUGAUCCAGAAGAUACAGAUGACCGAGCGGUUGCAAUUAGAGAGACCUCGGAGGAGGUAGGAUUGGAUUUGACGACAGAUGACUAUAUUUACAUUGGAAAUUUGCCAGAGCGGGUAGUAACCACCAGCUGGGGUUCAGUACCGUUGAUGGUCCUCUGUCCUUUCGUCUUUUUGUCGACUCGGAGCGAUUCGCCAAUACUCAAAUUGCAACCAGCAGAGGUCGCUUCAUCGCAUUGGGUACCUCUCGAAAGUCUUCUAUCACCUUCAGCACGAACUGUUGAGUAUGUUGACAUGUCUCAACGAUUCGCAAACCGAGGCGGGCUCAUUGCUCGCCUUCUAUGUCGGUCCCUGAUGGGGUGGAUGGAGUUCGCUGCGAUUCAGUUGCAACCAAGCGAAAGUUUAAAUUGCAAUACGACUCCGAACCCGGAUACCAUUACAAACCAGUCAAGCCCUUCAAUCUUCCAAAGAUGGAAAUCGUGUUGCUCAACCGCCGCCUCCGUUGACUCAACUCGACCCCUGCAUCUGUGGGGGCUGUCCUUGGGAAUUUUGGCCGACUUCCUUGAUAUGCUCCCGCCGCAUACGGCCGUGCGGUUGUGGAAGUAUCCUACUUUUACAAGCCCUGACUUGCGCUUCAUAAUCAGCAUUCUGACGUAUCGUCUCCGAAAACGCAAUAUCCUCCAUGUGAGGUCUGGGGCUCGGCAAGUCAUAAGUAACACGGCCGUGGACGGCCAAACUGUGGCGUUGCCAGUACUUCAAGAGCCCAAUACACAGCACGAUUAUAACGAUGUUGGAAUUGGAGGCUUGGGAGUGGGCAGAUACUACGGAGCUUCAGACAAAGCUUCCGACGGGAGUACAUAUGCUGUCGGCAUUAUGCUCAGAGGCUAUUAUGAAAAGCUGCGUGUUGCGAUUUAUGUCUUCCUCGCAUGGAGGAUUGCCUUGGGCUCCGUGGCGGCAGUCUACGCAUGGAGAUUCCUUCGAGAUCGUCGAAUUCGUCGGUGA